AUGUAUGGACAGUUACUGACCGGUCAGGGCGCUGUUCCAAUGGAUAACAUCGGUCAGCCGAUGAUGCCGCCCGCCCCUCAGUAUCAACAGCCGAUGGUUAUCGUAUCGACGUUGUGUCCGAAUCAGCAACCAGCUGUGCUUUCUUUGAUUAACGGCCAGCCGUAUAACCAGCCAAGCACCCAGCAGUACGGCCAGAUGUAUCCCCAGCAAUACGGCCAGCAGUACGGCCAGCAGUACGGCCAACCAUAUGGCCAGCAGUACAGCCAGCCAUAUGGUCAAAUGUACGGCCAGCCGUGUGGCCAACAAGUCACCCCCGUCGUAUUGUCUAUUACGGCUGGUCAGCAGGAGCCCGUGAUUGUUUCUAUGAUGGGAGCGCCUCAGGGCUACCCUAUGGCCGGACAAGUGGACGCCCAAAUGAUAGCUCCAACAACUGGUCAAGCGAGUGCCGGCCAGAUGAUAGCUCCAACUACUACUCAUGUGGCUGCUGGCCAGAAAGUCCAGCAGGCUAUGCCUGUCCAGGUAGGUACCGCUCAGUUGAGGCCACCUAUGACCCGUCAGAUCGUUGGCGGUCAAGUGGGACCCCAUGGACCUGUACCACAGGGUAUGCCAUCGCAACAAAGACCGAAGGUGCAAGCGGCGGGUGGCUCUGAAGUCGGCGGUGCUCCAAUGAUUGCUAAGUCAGGGCCGCAGCAGAUGCCGCCGACGGGAUCAAAACAAGGCCAACAAGUUGCUCUAAAGGCGGUGAACAUGAGGCCUGUCGCACCGGCACGCUAA